CUUGGGAGGGGGAAGCAGCACAUAGGAAAAUGACUGGCGCUUUUUCUUGCGGUUUUGGUGGUAGGGGGCCUCUGGUGAGCAGGGCGUGCCUCCAACGUCAAGGCGGUGACUCAGUUUUGUUGCAAGACUACAGCUACCAGAGUGUCGAGCUGGUUAUAAAAGGCUGUCAAAGGGGUGGAGGCAGCACACAGCCACGGAGAGACACCAGGGAGAAAGAGGGAGAGGAACCGACUGGGCAGCAACUGAAGGCGAGAGGUGCUUCUAGCCAGCUCAGAUGGGGAUGAAGAUGCUCCCGGUGCUUCUGGCCUCUUGGCUGGUUCUGGCGCGAUCGGCCACCUUGGCUCCCACAGAUGACAGAGCAGAGCUGCCACCACCUGCCUCCGCAGACGACUUACUCCAAAAAGAAAUUGACCUAAAAGAAUUCCCGUUUCAGUCUUUGCUCCAGGAGGAAGUUGACCCUGAUUGGAAUCCUCUGGACCAACAUGAAGUGCUCGAUCUGCCGUUGCUGAUCCACGGGGAGCCCCAGACAAGUUCCUCUGCCCUCACCCCCAGAGGCCGAAGGCCCUCCGGUGCUGGCUGCAUUCGGGGCCAGGGUUGUGGUGGUCGCCCACGCUUCCCCAGCAACCUGGCUGAGUUCCCACCGGGCCGCCCCAGCCUCAGCAACAUCGACAGCAUCUGCACAGAAGGGAGGCGUAAGGCAUCCUACGGGCCCUGGAACCUGCCCAGCACUGGCUUCAGCCACCUCAGCCGCCAGGGAGAAGCCCUCAACAGCCUGGAGGCAGGCCUGAGCCAGUGCUGUCAACUGCCCGAGGACAGGAAGCUGAGCUGCAGCCAGACCUCGUGGUCGCACGUCUUGGAGCAGUUCUGCACAACUGAGUUCUCAGUGAAGACCAGACCGUACCACUGCUGCAAACUGGAGGGGGCCAGCAAGGACCGUUGCUUUGCCAACAGAGCCCCUUUCCCAAAUUACAACUAUGCCGGUGAUGAAGCCCAGCCGAGUACCUGCGCCCACGGUGACCCCUCCCGGUGCAAAUCUGAAGACCUGGUCAGCACUCGCAAGCUUCCCGCGAUCUCCUUCCCUCCGGGAAAACCUAACGAUGCCAACAUCAAGAACAUUUGCAAACUGCGCAAAUUCCGGCCCGUCUACCUUGCCAGCACCCUCCCGAAGUCAGGCUUUGGCUGGUUUGUGCGCCAGGCCCGAGCAAUAAACCGCUUGGAAACUGAGUUCAAGAAGUGUUGCCGGAAGGAGGAUGUUAGCUGUGCCCACAGCGGGUGGGAAAAAGUCCUGACUCAGUUCUGCAAGCAGGAGCACGCUCUGAAAACCAAGCCCCACCUCUGCUGCAAAGAGGAGGAGGGCGAGAGCCGCUCAGAUUGCUUCGCCAACCAGGCUCCCUUCCCGGCCUACGACAGGGAAAUUCAGGUGGUCAGCCUGGCUGAGGUCACCCCUUCGCUCCUGGACCUGCUGUGCGGGCAAGUUGCACUUCUUUCCAAGCAGAAACACGUCCCUGCUCUAAUCCAGAACAUCACAGAGCCCUGUUGCAAGCUGCAGGGGGAUGAGAGGACGCAGUGUGCUCAGCAAGAGAAAUCUCAGUUUAUCACCACCCUCUGCAACGCUCCGAAAGCCUCAUGGAAGGACACUAAGAAAUGCUGCUCUCAGACCAAGGAUGCGGCCCGCAGCACCUGCUUUGAUUCCAGCUACCUGAACAGCGUCACCCUGGCCAGCGCAGGACAGCCCCUCCAGCCCACCGAGCCAACACCAUAAACCGGAGCGGACAGUUCGCACACUGCUAAAAGACACCUUGCCCUCUUUUUUGGCCUGCCCUACUUGGAGGGCAAGUUAGCUGUCUUCUUGGCCUGUAGACUGUCGGAUCUGUAAGUCAUUUUCCCCUUCCCCAGCACAUCCUGGCCUUCCGUUCAAUGGGGUGUCUCACACCCCAGCUUCAUGCACUUUAUCUCUUGGGCAGUUGCAACCAACUGACUCCCACUUUUAGGUUCUUGACCCUUCCUCCCUUUCUGUCAGAUUUUGCCUUCUGUAUCUGAUGUGCUGAAAGGCAUCUGUUUCACCCUGGGGGAAGGAAGAGAGGCAGUUGCCAUUGUACUCCCUCUGGGUCAGUUUGUAACAGUACAUCAUUCCUGCCAAAUUGACCACCACCAGGACUCGGUGAGAUCUUGGUUUCCUUAUUUCCUUUUUUUUUUUUGAGUCCUGCACUCUGUUUUGUUUAAAGCUAGCACCACAAAGAGCAGUAUCUGCUUUUGGGUCUCUGUUACAUUGAAAUGGAGCAGGUUGGUCUCUGGUGAGUUCAUCUGGUGCCAACUUGGUGUGGAGGCACCAGUGCAGGAGCAAAGCCUGGAGGACUGGAAGAGGGGGUUUAUUUCUGAGCAGCUCCUCCGCUGAGCUCUGGAAGUAUAACAUUUACUGCAGACCAGGGGAAUGGUUUGGUUGUGAAUGAAAAUGAUCUGGAGCGGCUGUUAGUCCAGAAGGCAACAUUUGGCAGGAGAGUUCUUUGGUUGGCAUUUCUGCUGAGCCCCGUUUCUGUGUCUUGGUUGUGGAGGCUCAGUUGUCUCUCCUUGCUUCUGGCAAUUUGUUUUCAUAUCCAAGUGCAGUGUCUGCAUACAAUCUCUGCCAGAGACAAAGGGUUCUAAUAAACCAUUUGUGGAAGAAUAA